AUGAACAAUCCACCUCAAAUAUUAAUUGAACCGAUAGUUGCAGAAAGGGAUAUAACAGAAUUAGCUGAAAAAGUGGAAGAUGCAAGAUCCCUAACAGUUCCAUUUUCCAAAUUUCUUAUUGACGGUGAUAAUGAUGUAGCCAAUGAUACUGUUAUUGUUGAUGGACAUAAUGAUAAUUCACCCUACAAUUCAAAAGAAGUCUACUUAAAUUUCUAUGAAAAUUAUUUUAACAGUUUGGAACACUCUUCCAGUUUUGGACAGACUAUCAUUGGAAAAAUAUUUAUUACACCAAUUAACAAAAAUCCUAUAGAUAACGAUCAAGAAAAACAAUUGGUUUGGGUACAAAUUUAUCAGAAAUCCAGUUCACUUUCAUCAAAAUUGAAUUCACAAAAUGUAGACAUUCCAUCGCUUGUGAUAUUGUUAAAGUCAAAGACAAAUCCACGAAAUUCUCAGUUCAUACCUGACUUUUGUUCUCCUCCCUAUAUGCGUUUAAAUGUAAAGCACACACGUUCGCGUCAGAUUGAUGAAAAACGCUUUCAAAUAUAUACAAGAUGCGGUGAAGGCAUAACUAUACAAGCAGAAACAGCCGACGAGAACUCUGUGAACUUUUGGUUAUCUGUUUUUAAUCAAAAUACAUUAUGCACUGGUCCUUUAGAAGGUUUACGAACUGUAGUACCUAAACCUCAUUCCGCACCGAAUUCACCAAGGCGAACAAGACGACGUGACAAUCUUCCCAUAAACUAUACCACUGACACUGUCAGUAACAAUAACAAUAAUAAUAAUAAUAGCAGCAAUUUAUUAAACAAAACACUAGGAAACUCCUUAUCACGUACAUGUGUAUUCGAAACAUUAAGUGAAGUUCAAGAAAUUGAAAGUGAGGUGUAG